AGGCGCUGCAAACCAAUGGAAAAGGAAAUUUAUGAAACCAGAGACUGUAAUAAUCCCUUCCUCAGAUUAGUUUGAGAAUUACACUUUCUUCUCUAAUAUGUCCGGACGCGGGAAGCAGGGCGGCAAGGCUCGCGCCAAGGCCAAGACGCGCUCCUCGCGGGCGGGUCUCCAGUUCCCGGUGGGCCGUGUGCACCGCCUGCUCCGCAAGGGCAACUACGCCGAGCGGGUCGGGGCCGGCGCGCCCGUGUACCUGGCGGCCGUGCUGGAGUACCUGACGGCCGAGAUCCUGGAGCUGGCGGGCAACGCGGCCCGCGACAACAAGAAGACGCGCAUCAUCCCGCGCCACCUGCAGCUGGCCAUCUGCAACGACGAGGAGCUCAACAAGCUGCUGGGCCGCGUGACCAUCGCGCAGGGCGGCGUCCUGCCCAACAUCCAGGCCGUGCUGCUGCCCAAGAAGACCGAGAGCCACCACAAGGCCAAGUGACGGCUUUUUUUAAACAAAAGCCAAAGGCUCUUUUCAGAGCCACCAAAUUUCUCCUACGAGAACUGUGACCCGACCUGGCUAGAAUCGUAACCCAUUUCCGACUACGCGACCUGUUGCGCGCUGAAACAGGACCCUGUCGCUUUAAGGGAAAGCGAGCCAAUCAGACGCAGGCGGUAAAUUUUGAAAGACCUCGGUGGCCUGGAAACGUGCUACGUGCAGACAGCAACAGUAGGAAAAGCCAAUUUGCAAGUAAAUUUAUCUAGAUACUUACUAGUUACUAAGCUCUUUUGCCUGAAAGCAGUGGGUGGCUCUGAAAAGAGCCUUUGAGAUUUUCAAAGCAGGACAUCCCGCUAGAAUGUUUACUUCUUCUUAGGCGCCGCCUUCUUUGCCUUUGUCGCCUUAGGCUUGGCCGCUUUAGGCUUGGCUGCCUUGGGCUUCGGGGCUUUGGCCUUGGCCGGACUCUUGGUGGCCUUCUUGGGCUUGGUAGCCUUCGCCUUCUUCGGACUCUUGGCCACUUUCUUGGCGACAGCCGCCGCCGCGGGCUUCUUGGCCUUCUUGGGGGUCUUCUUGGCGCUCUUCUUGGGGGUGCUCGCC